AUGGCUGCAACAAUAUUAGCUACAUGUGCAUUUCAACCACCAAUAUACCAGCCAUGGAAGAAUCAAUCAACAGUUUUGCUUAAUCGUCCUAAUCGUACCAGUGCAUCAACGAGUACAACGAGUACAUAUUAUACCAGUACAUAUUUUAAGACAGUACCACUUCAGCUCAAAUUACUGCCUCAGCAGCCACCGAUUUCCCACAUGCUUUAA